GAUACUCAAGAGUAAAGUAUCUCUGGUUUUCUCAAUCUCAUUCUGGUUCUUUGGUUAUAAUUCACAAUUGAAUUGAAUUGUUCUUCAUUUGUUUAAUUAAAUUAAAUUUCUAAUUCCAACAUCAUCAUGGCUUUGACAAAUUCUGUAAAAGGAGACGAGAUUGAAAAGCAAGACAAUGAGGUUUCUAAUGAGAAACCUGUUGAUGUGGUAGAACCAGUUCGAAGUCGAACAAGUCAAAGGAAAGCGGCCACUGCUGCUGUUAAUGCUAUGAAAGAACAAGCUUUAGGCGCAAAGAAGGCUGAAAAUGAGGAAUAUGAUGGUAAACCCAAGAGAGGUGGUCGAGGAAAACCAAAAGCAAACAGUGAAAAGAGUAGCGCCAAAACUGAACGAAAAAGAGCUGCGUCAACUGAUGAUGAAGAAGAAGAAGAACAAUCUAAAAGUAAACGAGGUCGACCAAAGGCUAAACCAGCGCCCAAAAAGAAAGCAGCAUCAGCCCCAACAGCUCGAAGAGCUGGUAGACCAAGUAAAAAAGCAGCCAAAGAAGACGCGGUAAAAGAGUCAGAGGAAGAAAAUAAAGACGAUGAUAAAGCUCAAGACAAAGAAGAUGAAUGAGGAGAAGAUUAAUAUUAACUGAUUAACUUCAUCUUUUCUCAAGUCAUAACAAACAUCAGCCAUUGAAAUUUUCAUCUCUCAUCUUCGGAGCUUUUUUUUCUUUUCUCUUUCAAUCCAUCUUUUUUAACCCUCAACCUCUUCAUUAGAGAAAAUCACAUUCACCUUAUUUCUCAUUUUCUUUCGGAAACCAGACUCUUCAUACUUUUAACUUAUACGUCUCAUCAGUGACAUGAGAGCCAAUUUCGACACUUAUCCAUUUAAUUAUCCACAUUCUUCUCAUGUCUCUUUCUAACUGGAUUAACUUGAUAAUUAUCACCAAAUUCUGCAGAUUUUCCUCAUUUCUAUUUAAAAUUAACCUUAAACAGUACAUUCAAAGCCAAACCAUCUCACCAAAAGUAGACAACACAACAACAUUCAAAAUCAAAUUGUACCUUUAAUUUUUCCCCAUUUUCGCCUGUUAAUCAAAUUGGACCUUUUCUUUCUUGUAAAUUAUUAUCAACCAGUUAUAAUUACAAAAUUAAAAGAUCUGGUAUCUUCUUA